AUGAAAGUUCUGUUUAGAAAGUGUGGCACACAACACGCUCUGCAGGAACUUGCAGAAGAGUACGAUGAAGCCGCCCCCGAACCUAUACUUGAUCCGAACCAUCACAACGUCCACCUUGUCGCUGGUCUGCUCAAAUACUACUUACGAGAACUGCCCGAACCGGUUAUCCCCUUUCGAUUCUAUGACCGACUGAAGUCAACAGGAUUUCGUAUUGCGGAUGGUCAAGACUUGACACCGUUAAUCGACAUCUUGGAAUCGUUACCCGCACCCAACUAUCAUCUGCUUCAGUAUUUGUGUCAAUUCCUAUACGAAGUUGCACAACAUGAAGCUUCCAACCGCAUGUCGAUUGAGAAUCUCGCCAGUGUUUUCGCCCCAAACAUACUUCGUCAAGCUGACGGAGAUUUGGAUGUCGAGAUGGCUGUUUCAUCCAUCUUGAAUCUGACAAUUACCGAGUUCAUUCGCCAACACGAACACCUAUUCCGGCUUGAAUUGGUGCCGCUACAACAGUUGCAGGCCACCAUUCCAGUUCAUCCGAGCUCCCACAUAUCUAGAACACGAAGUCGUCACACAAUCAGCUCAUCCGACCAGUUUUCACUGAAGGAUGCUCCAUCCACCUAUCCGGACGUGCUGCAACCGACAUUUAAAGUUGAAAAAGACCUGGCUUUGAUUGAUACAAAUAUGAAGGGGAAGACACUAUCGCGACCUGUCGCCAGGGAAGAGAACUCUAGUUCUCUAGAAUAUGAUGAUCAAUCAGAUCGAUGGGAACUUCAAAAUGGACCCUCGGUACAGCUUAAUCACGUUUCGCCGUCAAUCAUUCCUGUACAGAAUCGCGCUAUACCGCCUGCUCAGGUAACUUCACUCCAUCUUUCCACCCCACGUUCGGAGCGUUCUUGUUUGAGGCGUAUGACACAACCUGUGCUGAGUGACUAUGAUUGUGAGGAUAGCUAUUCCACCCCCACAACAAAUACUCUAUCCUCCGAAGUGAUUGACUCUACUGGCGGUUCCGGAUCACUGCGACUAUUUACUAGAGAUAAACAUUUGCAAUCUUCUGGUUUUAUAAGUUGUUUUGAUUGCCCUAUAAAUCGCACAUUUUCUGUUGGCACGCGAUCGCCGCAGUCCAGUUCAAAAUUAAACGGCUCUGAACGGUCUGAAAGACGCCCCAAACUGCCUUCUCUUUGGAUUCAGGGUCAAAAAGAUCGCAUUCACCGUACAUCUUCAUGUAACGGUUAUUCCACCUUACCACGCCGAGAUAAUUUAAUGCUUCAUAGAGAGGCGAAACGUGACGAUGUUCAUCGUGACCCGGACGCUGUGGAUGCCGAGGUGCCACCAAAACCACCUCCGUUCUCGGUGACAUCUAAUGACACUGGUAUACUUACCACAUCAACAGCAUCCGACGCUUGCCAGACUUCACCGCUUCCUCGACCGAGUCCCCCGACAAAUUAUACUACAACGGUUUUAUGGCAUUCGCAAUCCACUCAUGAAUUUGACGCUCCUAGUCGUUUACGUCCCGAUGACCAGAUUCGUUAUUGGCGUGCUCUGGCGGUGAGUUCACGAGCCGAUGCUGCUAGCCAGCGGGCACGGGCGCAGGCUAUGGUCGGUGAACUCAAUCGAGUCCGGUGUGAUCUGAACAUGGCUGAAUUGGAGAUCGGGCUGUUGCGACAGCGACUAGCUGCUGCUGAGGCUGAACUUCGACAUCACUACCGGUUAGGUUUGGUUCCCACUUCCACUCAGCCUGUGUGGACGGAGAAUUGGAAUUCCCGAUAG